AUGGAGGAGCUCAAGAAUCACUCGUUGGGAGAAUACGAUGGCGCAGACCCCACGGUAGCAGGUUCCAUGCUGGCGGACCCGACUCUAACAGUAGCAGAUCCCACCGCGACAGAGGGGCUUCGGGCACGCAGGGCUCAGGUGAAGCUCACGUCAGAACGAUUGCUGGCUGAGAAGGGGCUGCCGUGGGUGCUCAAGAACGGGCCAAAAAGAAUAAGAAUAUCGCGCAAAAAGCGUAGUACGUACGACAACCUGAAUCACAUUAUACAGUUUUACCAGCUGUGGGCGCACGAGCUGUAUCCGAAGGCAAAGUUCGACGACUUCAUCAAGCUGUGUCACACGCUGGGGAAGAAUGACAAAGUCCUCAGACAGUUCAGGGAGGAUGUUUUCAGGAAGGAGAUGUUGGGGGAGGCGAUAGAAACUGAAACUGUCUCGGAGUUCUUAAAUGAGGCGAUACAGGAGGGCAGUACUGUGGCGGCGCGCCCAGUUGCUUCACCAGAGCUCUCUGACGAGGAAGAAUUGUAUUCGAUCUCGAGAGGAAAUGAGGACUCCCGUGGGACAAGCAAAGAGUCAAAUGAUGGGCCAGAUAAAGGGCUAAGUAAGGGUCCAGAACUAAGCGAAGGGCCAGAAAAUGAAUCAGCAGAUUACGAAUUGGAAUUCGAGAUACAGCCAGAAGCACAAAAUGGUAAUGACUCUUUCGAGGAAGACGAAGAGGCUCUCGAAGUGAUGAAAGAAAUGGGAUUUUAA